UGGAAAAGUCGACUCUGACUUUAGUCGAAAAUCGAUCUUUUAUUAGAAAUAAUAGACUUUUUAGGAUCGAUUCAUGCUUGUCUUGAAUCGAUUAAAAUCGACUUUUACUCGAUGACUUUGACAGUUGAUGAAUUAAGAUAAUCACUAUAAGAUUACUUUUAAAAUCACAAUACAAAGUACCAAUCGAAGCGUUUCUUUAUAAAUAGCCUCUUUCUGAUUUUCUGAUUGGUCUAUAACAAUAUAAUGUUUAUAUUGCCGCCGGUAAUUGAUGUAAUUAACUUUUUAAUAUACGGUACAUAGUAUUGAACAAUUCUUUAUCAUGGCUCCCAGUUUGAUAUGGGCCUAUUGCACAAAAGUUAACAAUGGCAGUAAAGUUAAGUGUGAUUUAUGUCAUAAACAGUUUUUGUUUAAUAAAAGCACAUCAAUGAUGAAGCACUUACAAUGUGCUCACAAGAUUGCUCCUCCGUCAAGUAAUGAAAAACAAACUCAGAAAAGAUUGAAUGACAGUCACAAUGAUUUCAAAGUUCAGCCUAAAAAAGUAAGUGCUUUUGAAGAACUUUUUAAAGUUUGUACAUAAAUUAUUCCUCUCCACAGACAAUUUAAUUUUUUAUAUUGAUACUAACUUAAUCAUUUUUUUUCUUAGGUUUUAGUCGCUGUCGAAUCAUCUGUUCCAUCGGUUGCUUUGGUACCUCAAACAAAAUCAUCUGUUCAAGAAAAUUCCACAGUACAAUCUCAGGUCCAAGGUCCUAUGGAUCGUUGUAUAAACAAUGCUAAUUCUUUUUCAGCUUUAUUGACAUAUUAACCUUUCUUCACAGAAACUGAGAUGAAGACUGUUGAGCUGGGCGCUUAUCUCAUGGAAGAGAGGAAAACAAUAGAAAAUUUGAGCUUGAAAUUAAGAAAUAUAUGCAAUGACUGGGGUCUUGAUGAUAGUAAAAUAGCAGCAUUCGUUUCAGACGGGGGCGCAAACAUCAAAGGAGCUAUUAAAAGUGAGUUCGGCGAUGGGAAACACAUUUCAUGUUUUGGACAUGUAAUAAAUAAUAUUGGUCAGCGCCUUAUCGAAGUUAAUAUUACUCCACCUGCAUCUGAAUCUCGAAAUCAAGUUUCCGACUUACCCGCUGAUGAAAAUGAUGCUAUUGACAAUCUUGAAGACUUAAUUACAGAUCAUACUGAGCAAUCGUCAUUGCGUGAGCUAUUGUCAAAAGUUAAACAAAUUGUCACAUUCUUUCGACAAAGUGAAAGAGCGACUACAGAGCUGCUGAAAUUACAGAAGGACAAGCCUGAAAAUUCUCGUCUGAAAUUAAUUCAGGAAGUGCGAACGAGAUGGAACUCCUGUUUUGAAAUGGUUGACCGUUUCAUUGUGCUUGCUGAUCAUGUCAGUAAAGUGCUUUUACAAGUGAAGUUGGACAAAUCUUUGAAAGCUAAGCCACCUAACAUGAUCACAGGUGAGGAAAUCGAUGCGUUAGUAGAAGUUCGUGACAUCUUAAAACCUCUCUUGCAAAUAACUCAAGAAGUUUGUUUUGAGAAAUGUGUAACAUUGAGCAAGUGCAUUCCUUUGAUUUCAAGUCUUAGAAAAAAGAUUGAAGAGUUAACGCCAGAAACUUUAAUUGGGCGACAUUUGAAAAAGAGAAUGGUUCAAGACAUCGAAACAAAAUACGGCAAUAUUGAAUCCGUAAAACUGUACGCUUGUGCAUCAUUGGUUGAUCCUCGUUAUAAAAAGUUUGGUUUUCAAAGUAUUCGGGAUUCUGCACGAGCGGUAACUAAUGUCGCUGAUCUUGUCAAGACAGAACGAAAAUUAGCAUUGGCAGCAACGGUGGCAAAUAUUAACCCUCAAGAUGAGAUAUUAGCUAUUUGAGGUCCGGAAUCUCAGAAAA